UUGCUUUCUCCGAGGGAGCGCCCAAGAGGCGAGCGCGCACUGAGCCGCCCGGACUCGGUGCUGUGCUGCUGGGGGCGCCUGGUGCCGUCGGGUCGGGCUGAACUAGACGCCUGCAGCCUCGGCGGGACCGGAUCCCGGGCGGCGGGGGCGCCCACUCACUGCGCGCUCUCAUGUUCCCUGCGCAGGAGGCUCUGCCCCGCGGCGGGCUGAACCUGAAGGAGGAGCCGCUGCUGCCCGCCGGCCUGGGCUCAGUGCGCUCCUGGAUGCAGGGCGCGGGCAUCCUGGACGCCAGCACCGCGGCGCAGAGUGGCGUGGGUCUGGCACGAGCACAUUUUGAGAAGCAGCCUCCCUCCAACCUCAGGAAAUCCAACUUCUUCCACUUCGUGCUGGCCAUGUACGACCGUCAGGGGCAGCCCGUGGAGGUGGAGCGCACAGCCUUCAUCGACUUUGUGGAAAAGGACCGAGAGCCCGGGGCGGAAAAGACUAACAAUGGGAUCCACUACCGCCUCCGACUGGUGUAUAACAAUGGACUUCGGACGGAGCAAGACCUCUAUGUGCGUCUCAUCGAUUCCAUGUCCAAGCAGGCUAUCAUCUAUGAGGGGCAGGACAAGAACCCCGAAAUGUGCCGAGUGCUGCUCACCCAUGAGAUCAUGUGCAGCCGGUGCUGUGACCGGAAGAGCUGUGGCAACCGGAAUGAGACGCCCUCAGACCCUGUCAUCAUUGACAGGUUCUUCCUCAAGUUCUUCCUCAAAUGCAACCAGAACUGCCUGAAGAAUGCGGGGAAUCCCCGAGACAUGCGCCGCUUCCAGGUGGUGGUGUCCACGACGGUGAGCGUGGACGGACACGUGCUGGCCGUGUCCGACAACAUGUUUGUGCACAACAACUCCAAGCAUGGCCGCAGGGCGCGCCGCCUGGACCCCUCCGAAGCUGCCACCCCUUGCAUCAAGGCCAUCAGCCCCGGGGAGGGCUGGACCACGGGCGGCGCCACCGUCAUUGUCAUCGGCGACAACUUCUUCGACGGGUUGCAGGUCGUGUUCGGAAACGUGCUCGUGUGGAGCGAGCUCAUCACACCCCACGCCAUCCGGGUGCAGACGCCCCCGCGGCACAUCCCCGGGGUGGUGGAGGUGACCCUCUCCUACAAGUCCAAGCAGUUUUGCAAGGGAGCACCCGGCCGCUUUGUCUACACAGCUCUGAACGAGCCCACCAUUGACUACGGAUUCCAGAGGCUACAGAAAGUCAUUCCCAGACACCCCGGAGACCCCGAGAGGCUGCCCAAGGAAGUGCUGCUGAAGCGGGCGGCCGACUUGGCAGAGGCCCUGUACGGAGUGCCCGGCAGUAACCAGGUAUGGCGCCUCCGCCCUCCCAGCGCCGCCGGCCCGGGGCUCCCCAGCACGCGGCGCCCGCGGUUGUCCCGGCCGUACCCCGCUCUUGUCUUCGCAGGAGCUCCUCCUGAAGCGCGCGGCGGAUGUGGCCGAGGCUCUGUACAGCACCCCCCGCGCACCCGGGCCGCUCGGACCCCUGGCCCCAAGCCACCCGCACCCCGCCGUCGUGGGCAUCAACGCCUUCAGCAGCCCGCUGGCCAUCGCCGUCGGGGACGCCACCCCGGGGCCCGAGCCGGGCUAUGCGCGCAGCUGCAGCAGCGCGUCUCCCCGCGGGUUCGCGCCCAGCCCCGGCUCGCAGCAGAGCGGCUACGGCAGUGGCCUCGGAGCUGGCCUGGGCGGCUACGGAGCGCCGGGAGUGGCCGGCCUCGGCGUGCCUGGGUCCCCCAGCUUCCUCAAUGGCUCCACCGCCACCUCGCCUUUCGCCACCCCCCGCUGGCGGCUGCCUCCUCCAUGUCCCUCCCGGCCGCUGCCCCCACCACCAGCGUCUUCUCCUUCUCGCCUGUCAACAUGAUCUCCGCCGUCAAACAGAGGAGCGCCUUCGCCCCCGUGCUGCGCCCCCCAAGCUCCCCACCCCAGGCCUGCCCCAGAGCCCACGGAGAAGGGCUUCCAGACCAGUCUUUUGAGGAUUCUGACAAGUUCCACUCUCCAGCCCGGGGGCUUCAGGGCCUGGCAUACUCCUAAUUAUGGUCUGCAGCUGUUGUUCCCAUGGAGCCCGGACUGGAGGUCCCUCUGGGAUUCACAGCCACACCCUGGAUGGUGGCACAGACAGAUGCAGGGCCGGGGCCAUGGGCAGACCUCAGCCUGUGAGCGGAACGGGGAGGGGCCUUCACCCCAUGCUCAAGCCUCCCGCUAGUAGCCCCACAGGCUUCUCUCGCCUCCCUGUCUUGGGGUGGUCAGAAGCCCCAGCACUGUGCAGAUGCUCUUGGCAGGAGAGCAUCCCAGGGAGGUGCUGGGAUUCUGGGCCUCACUGUCUGGGUCUUGGUUCCUCUGAAAGAGAUGGAUCUUGUGCAGACAAGGGAUGUCGGGUGAGGGGAGCAUGGGGUGGGGACUGUGGGAAAAAGGACAGCUCAGGGAGAAGUGACCUGGAAAGGUCCUGUUUGCAUCUGACCCAUCUCAAGUGGCCCAACAUCCCAACUUCUGUGCAGCGAAAGGGCGGCGCCCCACAGCCUGGGGAGGCCUGCCCAGGCUCCCAUGGAGCUUCCAACAGCUGCUUCACCCCGCAGCUGCCCCCACUUCCUUUGAGACCUGCAUUCUCAUGCUUGCCGCAUCAUGCCUCCCUGUGGGGGCUUUGGGCAUGGAGGAGGCAGAAGACGGGGUGCCAGGCCUCCUGUAUUUGGAUGUCUCAUGGACUCUGGCCCACACACUCACAAUGACUCUGGCUGGCCCCAUGCAGUGGGCCCAGCUGCCCCCCAGGUGGCCUCACAUUCUGCUCUGCUAAGUUUGGAGAAAACAGAACAAUAAACCAGAUGCAGGUGGUGCCCGCCCGGCCUCUCACCUGCCUCCUUGGUGUGA